AUAAGGAAAGGAAACGAGUCGCGAAAAACCUAAAGCUGGCAUCGUGUAGUUGGAGCAUAGGCGCCGUGUUUGUUUCAAUUGCAUCUCUCAUCCCAAUUUCUCGAAUCUACUAGGGUUUUACUGGUCGAAGAUGAAGUUCAACAUAGCUUGCCCCACUACGGGCUGCCAGAAGAAGCUUGAGGUCGAUGACGAUCAGAAACUGCGAGCCUUUUUUGACAAAAGGAUCUCUCAGGAAGUUAGUGGUGAUUCUCUUGGAGAGGAAUUUAAGGGUUAUGUUUUCAAAAUCAUGGGAGGCUGUGACAAGCAAGGGUUUCCAAUGAAGCAGGGAGUCUUGACCCCUGGUCGUGUUCGCCUCUUGCUUCACAGAGGAACCCCUUGCUUCCGUGGUUUUGGAAGGCGUACUGGAGAGCGGAGGAGGAAGUCCGUACGUGGUUGCAUAGUCAGCCAGGAUCUGUCUGUGUUGAACUUGGUGAUUGUGAAGAAGGGGGAGCAUGACCUCCCAGGUUUGACCGACACAGAAAAGCCUAGGAUGAGAGGCCCCAAAAGGGCAUCAAAGAUCCGUAAACUCUUCAAUCUAUCCAAGGAUGAUGAUGUGCGCAAGUAUGUCAACACCUACCGCAGGAAUUUUACAACAAAAGCUGGGAAAAAGGCUAGUAAAGCUCCUAAGAUUCAGAGGUUGGUUACUCCAUUGACCUUGCAGAGGAAGCGGGCGAGGAUUUCUGAAAAGAAGCAGCGCGUCGCCAAGUCCAAGGCUGAUGCUGCUGAGUACCAGAAGCUUCUGGCCUCCAGAUUGAAGGAGCAAAGAGAGCGUCGUAGUGAGAGUUUGGCCAAGAAAAGGUCUAGGCUCUCUGCAGCAACCAAGUCAGUUUCAGCUUGAUUGGGUUUUGAUUUGUUUUUUACGCAUCGUUUAUCCCCGUCUCAUGGCCGAUGUUUUAUCCAGGUGGUGCCGAUCUAUAUCUAUUCUUUAACAUAUAUGAGUGUGGUGAAAGCAACAAAUUUUGUCAAGUUAAUUUGUCCUUUUGUUACUGUUUCAUUUCAUUGGUGAAGCUAUUUUGGGAUUUUGUGUCUAAUAUCGACUUAUAAUAAUAAUUUAUAUUCAAAUAUAAAAUGUGUAACAAGAGGACAAUAUAUAAUGUGAAGCUAUUUUGGGAUUUUUAUAAAUGUAUGAUUGAUUAAACAUAA